CCCUCCUCUGCAGUCCAGCGAGUCACGUUAUUGGUGGAUGAGUGAUGGGGGAAGUGCUGUUGCUCUGGAAGUUUGUUACCUUCUGCCAGUAAAAGUGUUGAACCCAAGACAAAAAGAAAGAAAGCGCUAUUUUUUGGGGGGAAUUGCGGGUAGUAGAGUAGAAAAGUUAUUAGUUAUUCGAAUUCUUUUUCAGGAGUCGUAUCGUUCCGUCAUGGAGUUUGGUGAAGAGCCGUCGCCCGCUCUGGCUUUCGAGAAGGACGCGUUUGAGCUCUCGGUUGAGGAUGUGUAUGAUAUUUCGUAUGUCAUCGGACGAGACUUAUUGAAAAUAAGCAGCAAAGGGGAAGAAGUGUCGGAUUUACAGUUCAGAAUAGUGCGUGUGUUGGAAAUGUUCGAGACUCUGGUCAACAAGUACAACUUGUCUCUGGAGGAGUUGAAAAUGGAGCGGGACAACCUGAAGAGUGAGCUGGACAGGAUCAUCAAGGAGAGCUCCUCUGGGCAGGGCACGCAAACAGCGGGACCAAACCAGCUGCUGGUGGACCUCACAGACCCCAAUAGACCGCGCUUCACCAUGCAGGAGCUGAAGGAGGUCCUGCAGGAGAGGAACCAGCUCAAAGCUCAGCUCAUGGUGGCUCAGGAGGAGCUUCAGCUCUACAAAAGUGGGAUUCUGCCACAGGCUGAGCCAGCCAUGGUGGAGGUGGAUCUGAAAACACCAGACUCUACAGAGCACAGUCCAUCCACAACAAAUAAUGCAAAAGAAGAGAAGACAACCAUAGGCAAACUGUUUUCAUUCAGGCGAAAAUAAGAAAAACCUCUCACAAGAACUGACCAUGUAGAAGACAAACUGGAUUUGUCAGCACAUUUUUCUCAUCAUGUAGACACUUUAUUGAUUUUUUUUUUUUUGUUAAACAACCACUGUAUUUUGUACUGGAAAUUUGAACCUAAGAUGGUUUAUAGUAAUAGUUUUUGUAGUAUAAUAUAUAAUACAUAGGUUUGAAGAUAUGAAAUGAAACUGGAAAGUAUUAUAUAACUAGAUUUUGUUGAAUGCAAUCACUCAAAAAGAAGAUAUUUAUAAGCUAUAAAUUGUAGUUUCAUAAAUCAAAAUGAAGUCUUUAAGGUGCUUCGUGUUGGUCCAGUAAUCCUAAACACAUUUUUGGUCACUCUAAACUAUCAAAGAAAAUGAGUUGUUGCUCUGGCAUACAAUGGAAAUAUAGUUGAAAGACAAUAAGCAGUGUGUGAACGACUUCAGGUACAUUUUUAUUAGCAUGUGGAUUCAGUCUUGCAACUCCUUUGUAAAACGCAGUGUGGGGCAGAUGCAAAAAUGAAAUGGGCUAGCUUAUGGGUUAAGGCAAAUACCAUUUAACCACAACAUGCUAGACUCCCUUCCAGCUGAGGACCUUUUUUGCAUGCUAUGCUAACAUCGCUUACAUUUCCUGUCGGUUUUCAGACUGCAAGGUAUCAAAUUAAGAUUAAAAUGGCCAAAAUAAGAGGUUGAGAGGGUUUUCUUAGAGCACAAUAUUUCAUUCAUGUCUCAGAUCUUCACCAUUAGUAAUGACACAGCUGCAAUGAAUACUCGUUUUAUUCCUUAAUUUACAGCACAGUUAAUAAUUUACAAUAGGAAAAUUGAAUUGUCAAUUAUAUUCAUUGCAAAAGGAAACCCCAUGAGGAGAAAUGCCCUUAAAGCUUGCAUCAGUCUGCAACAAUUAA